AUGAACAUGUUGGAGCAGGGAAGUUCAAGCAAUAUUCUUGCUGGCAGUUUGGCGGACCUAGUAAAGGAGAAAAGAAGAGGCUUUACCACGCAGGCCAUCACUGACAACUACAUCGAGACACCACGAGGACGUGUUCUUCCACUCACACUGCUCCCUGUUCACCCAGGGUCUCUCAGCCUACUGACCUACCUUGACAACCCCGUUGAAAUCCAGUUCUCGAAGGCUGGUGUUCACAUCGUAGUGGAAAAUUAUGCAAGCAUAGAGACAAUACCGAUUAUGAAACAAGCUGCCAAGAUACACAACUCUGUAUAUCUCCUCAUCCUGGGUUGCAAGAGAUGUCCCGGCCAGGGCAUCAGUGGAAACCAAUCCUUCUUCCCCUUGGGGCGCGUGACAAUUCCAGGCUAA